AAAAAAUAGUCUAGAAAAAGUCUCGGAAAGUUUUGCUACCGGCACUUUUAUAUCGAGACUAUUCGAGACCGAAACUUUCGAGACUCGAGUCUAUUCGGGACUAAAGUCUCGAGACUAUUCGAGACCGAAGCUUUCGAGACUCGAGACUAAAGUUUCGGGUAUCGAGUACCCCGUCUCGAUGNGACUCGAGACUAAUCGAGACUCGAGACUAAUCGAGACUCGAGACUAAUCGAGACUCGAGACUAAUCGAGACUCGAGACUAAUCGAGACUCGAGACUAAUCGAGACUCGAGACUAAUCGAGACUCGAGACUAAUCGAGACUCGAGGCUAUUCGAGACCGAAACUUUCGAGACUCGGGACUAAUCGAGACUAAAGUUUCGGGUAUCGAAUACCCCGUCUCGGUGCAUCCCUAGUCUUAGAACGUUUCGAACUUGGCUUAUGCAUUAUUGUCAUACACUGGGACAAUAAUUUUAUUAAUAUGUGUCGCCUUGUUGAUAUUUAGCUCGUCUUGAAGUUGAUGUUAUAAAAUCGAUUGAACCGUUACAAGAAUUGAUCGAACAAAAAUUGAUUAUUGGUAUUCCAUUUGAAAACGAUAUAAUGAAAGUGAAACAAGCAUUUGCAACGGCUUUACCAGUAACAGAACCAGAUCCAAAAGUAAUUAAAGUAAAUACACCAGUUCUUUUUUGUACCUCGUACUUCAGAAGUACGGAGAAGUACCGAGAAGUACUUUCCUCCCCCCUUGGUAUGUGUACACAUCAUUUUGUACAUUAUAAUCUACCAAAAUUUUCUUACCACUCAUUUGCUCACCUUAUGAAAUUCAGAAAAUAACUACACGUUUCUAUAGCAACUGAUGACAAAUAUUAUAUUUUGACAGUUUUUUAUCUCAAACUUAAACUCAAUGUCGACAUUCGUGUGUAUAUUGCUGCAUGUUUUCACUUUUAUAUUACAAAAAAUAUUAGCUAUCAGAGUAGUACUAAAAAGAAAUUACUCUUCCUUUCACAAAUGCAUCGGCAUUAAAGGCUCCCCUCUGAAAUCAUCUCCGACACCGUACAUAUGAUCAAAGCAGAAAAAAGCUUUUUGGGGACAAGAAACCCCAAGGAAGAUCUUGACGGAGUCUAGCUCUCCAAAAACACUCAUUUACCAAGUCACAUGUCACAUGUAGUUUUAUAGAGUGUUGGAUUCUGAACAAAAUGCACCCUUUAGAUUCAGCUUGUGUUACAAAGGAAAAGUAUUUAGAGUCAUUUUAUAUAUAUACAACAUUUUAUUUUGAUUAUCAUCUAAUUGAUUUAAGUUCAAACUCAAAUCAUUUCUAAUAUUUGCUUUUGCUUCAAAAGCAAAAUCAUAAAUGAAAUGGAUGGAUUUCAAUAACCUUGUGGGUGAGAUAUUUAUUACCUAUCAUUGCAAUAGAAAUAAGGAGAUAACUUUCAUCUAAUUUGUCCAACAAAAUGUCCUUCAAAUCAAAAGAAUGUAUGCACAAUGGAUACGUCUUGACUAAGAGGCCCAUGAAACGAGCUUUGUUAAACUAGGACAGAUGUGAAAUUCAUAUGUUUCGAUAAACAACCGAAUCAUCUUUGAGUUACUACGCCGUUUAGCCAACCCACGAAGUAGUUACAUGUCGCUCUAAGUCAACUAUAGGGAUGGAUUGCAUAGUCGUGGUACCGUUCGUUUUCUAGCUGUAUUUUAGGAAUCAUUCUAAUGUCUGUCAAUCGAUGGGCAUGACAAUAUUUCCUAGAACUCUUUAUGUUAUUCCAUAAACUUCCUAUAAAAAUCAGCUCUUUUUCUUAUUUCUUUCGGUAUAUACAAAUUUUUUGUUGGUUGAAAAAAUUAGAACACCACUACCAUGUGUCACCAAAAGUUUUAAAUAUCUUUUCGCUAUAAAUAACUCAUUUCAUUUUCUUCAUUUUCUGAAAGGCAAAAGUGCGCUUUUUCAGAUGAUGAACUCUGAUUUGAUGUGAUCACACGUAAUAGGUCUAUAUUUUCCUACACAGUAUUAUUACAUACACUCUGGCAUAUUCUGUCCAUUGACCUUUCUUCGACACGGUUGGACUGUGAAAACUCUGGAUGGUCUAAAAAUUAAGAGAACACAUGGAGAGAGAUAUUCAUGGAAUAAUAAUGGUUAUAAUAUACCAGCAAGCUCUCGUGCAAAUUCUUUGUAUAACUUUUGCUUUUCAUUAACCUUUGACUCGGUAAUACACCACUUCAAGAAAUUGUACAAGAUGUAUAAAAAAUAAUAAUCUAACACUCUACUUUUUUUUGUAGUCCAUUGCAAUCUUGUACAAAUAAAGACUUAAUUUGUGAUUUGUAUAUUCUUUUAAUCUUUUAAUACUUAUUUUGUCAUUGACUAAUCAUUCUAUUACCACAUAAGGCAUUCUCAACUUGUCGAAACUGUUUCAUACAUUAGAUAGGAUUUUGAGGAUUAUCCUGUCUUCAUAAAUCCAGUUUCAAAAAGCAAAAUUUUAUGAAACUUGUAAAAAGUUUCAUAAAUGUGUGAUCUAUGCUGUUGCAGGUUUAAUUAAUUACUUUCUUAAUUAAUUGUAGUAUUAAUAUGUUACCUAGAGACAUAUAACAUUAUAUAAUUGGUAUAUGUCACAUAGAGACGUGUGUUUGUGGUAUUUUAAUUGAAAAUAAUGAUUUAUUUAAUUAAAAACAGUAUCAAUGUGUCUCUAGGUGCUAUAUGAGGCUCGUAGAGACACAGUGACUGAACCUAAUA